AUGCUUGUAUCAAGCAGCGAUAAGAUAAAGUUCGCCCCUGUUGAAGAGGUCGAUUAUAAAACACCGGUAAGCAAAAGCAAGAAAUAUACUCUCAUUAACGACAUCCAACCACUGGAGUGGUAUUGUCACAAUGAUAGUAAAACGGGUUAUCAACACACCAUAAAUAAUAAGACAGAUGGUACUAAUAGUGGAAGGGGUUUAUUCAGAGUAAUGAAGAAAUCGAUGGAAACUAGGGUCGAGACCCAAACUUUAUAUUUCACUGAUUUGCAAUCUGGAUUAUGCGGGUUCGUGCAAUUACUGUAUUCUACAGUUAUGGGCGGUAUCUAUAAAGGGUUCCAGUUGAAUUUCAAGGUUUUCGGCUCAGAAAGUAAUAAUACCGAUUUCGACGUUUGGGAAAGCUUUAAAUUAGAUGAUGUAGCUGAAUUUCAACCACUGAAACUCGUUUCUAAAAACGUUAUUUUUGAAUUUUUGGACACCAAAGAUGAAAGAUCGGGUUCCAUUGGCCAGCUCUCUAUCAAAUGCGAUCUGCCAACCUGUAAUAAUACGAUUCGGAAUUUAAAAAUUGAUCUGUUGGUCGAUUUAUUUCAAGGUUUUAAGAUGAAUCCUAAUGGUUGUAACUACUAUUUUGAUAAACAAAUCUCGACUACUGAUGAAUCAGUUUCCUCAGACAAAAUGAUCAGACAUGUGUUCGUUCCCAGAGGUAAGUGUAAUGGCCAUAUUUCAUACGAUAAGAAGCUCAAUAAUGGGGGCUUCCAAAAUAAGGCUAUUUCCUUAUCCGGUGUUCCCGUGGUUUAUCUAGACGCCGUUCAAGGUCUUUUGCCAAACAAAGCCGCUAGUAAAUGGAAUUUCUUAUGUUUUCAAAGCGAAAACUAUUCUGUACUAGCAAUAGAAUUCACUACUCCUCAAGAACACGAUAACGUCACAGUAACGGUUUGGUCAAUUACUGAAAAGAACAAACUGAUAUCCAUUGGUUCCUCUGUUCAUAGCCCAAAACGUCAUGUUAGGUUCCGUGCUACUAGUACAGAUAAGGAAAAUGGCUGGUUAUAUCCAACUUCUAUUAAGUUCCCCGGCGGAUUUUCAGAACAUGACUUGAGGUUGGUCAAUAGAUACGAUGUUCUCGGUGAGCUGCCAAGUAUGGUUAGGUCAUUAGCCCAAAAAAUCGUUAGCAUUAAACCCUUCAUCUAUCAAUACUGUCAGCCUUCUAAGUACAAGCAUGAAAAAGGUAUCUCCAUCAUUGAAAGCACUUUCAUCAGUUAA